AUGGCAAAAGGUAGCAGGCAAUACUCAUUGAGGUAUAAAUAUCCAUUACCUAUACAUCCGAUAGAUGACCUUCCGCCUUUAAUUCUUCAUAAUCCGAUCUCAUGGGCAUACUGGAUAUACAAAUACAUACGAUCUUCCAAUAAUGUGAAAGAUAAAAUUCAUGUUGAUAUCAUUGGGAAUAGAUACCCACGUAUUUUAGUGAAAGAUGAUGUUCAAAUGCUUUAUUUAUGGGAUAAUGGGUUUUUCGGAACUGGUCAACUGUCUCGUAGUGAACCUACAUGGAAGAGCAGAACUGAAGCAAGACUAGAUGCGGAUGACAGCAUAGCUGCUGAUAAGUCACAAUUGACUUUGGAGAAAGUUACUCAGAGAAGGAGAUUACAAAGAUUGGAGUUCAAGAAAAUGCGUGAACAAUUGGAGAAUCAACUUCUUCAAUUAAGAAGAAGUGGUGGUAGCAAAGAACAAGAAUAUGCAUUGUUAGAGAGAGAAAGAGAAGCACUUCGAGAUUUUAAGGCUCAACAAUCUUUCCAUGAUGAACUUGAUAAUGUAGCUACCGAUGAAGGCCAGAUAAACGGUGGUGAGAAUGAAAUAUCUGUACGAGAAGAAGAUUCCGAGUUGAUUGACGGAAAUGGUAACAUCAAGCAACUGGAAGCAUUGGAACUAAUGCCUGUUGAAGCAAUAUUUUUGACUUUUGCUCUACCUGUUUUAGACAUAGAUAUGUCCUCGCUUUUUACGAGGUUGCAUGCCUAUUCUUCAGGUGAUAUAGAGUACAAAAAUAUACAUAAUCUGAUGAUACAGUAUGUAUCAUACCACCAUUAUCGUUCCCACGGGUGGUGUGUAAGAUCAGGUAUCAAAUUUGGCUGUGAUUAUCUCCUAUAUAAGAGGGGUCCACCCUUUCAACAUGCUGAAUUCUGUAUAGUGACCAUGGAUGCGCAUACUACGAAAGAUUAUACAUGGUAUUCGAGUAUAGCGAGAGUCUGUGGAGGUGCAAGAAAAACCUUGGUAUUAUGUUAUGUCGAAAGAUUAAUUUCUGAGGAGAAAGUCAUGGCUCUCUUGAAUAAGAGAGACUAUGCAGGUAUCUUUUCUAGCUAUAAAAUCAAUGAAGUAACCUAUAAAAGAUGGGUUCCUGGUAAAAACCGAGAUUGA